AUGGUGCGACUAUUUUUGCAGGCGUGUGUGUUGCUCAGGGGCGGUACGAAUGCGAAGAAACCGAGGCAUUCCGUCACAAUGGCGGUCAUCCCACCCACUCUCAUCCAGCCUCUGUGUUUGCAUUCAUCAGGCUCUCAGCGCGAACAGCAUCAGAACUGGAGGGAUCACACAGCCACAAUUUUCAUGGCCGGCCACUACUGUGGCCCCCUGGACAGCAUUCAAUCAUUACGAUCGGCCAUCUUGAGCCAUUCGUCGCUUUAUGUUGGGUUCAGGGAGAACCCAGACAGAGUUAUUUCAGAUAUCCUUAACGGCCAAAUGUCACCAGAGACAAUGGUCUACGCCAUAGCUGCGUACGAAGCCAACUCUAUUGACAGUGACGACAAGGAGCAAAUCGAAGAUUUCCUGAUGCGUUGGUUCGACUUCGCUGGACCGGACGCACCAGGCGAGUAUUACAUCACACCGGGAGAGCAGGAUCCAUCCGUCGCAAGUGCUCUGAGCAGGACCCACACCAUCGUCCAGUAUUUCACUCGGGACCUUGUGCAGGACACGCUACCACUGAGCCGCGAGGAGCUCGGACUUGAGCGUUCGGACCACACUCGAGCUUCUCCGAGCGAGGUCUUCCGAAUUCAUCGCGCCUUGUACCGCUUUCAGGGGUAUUGCAACCUUUUCUUCCGCGAUGAGAAGGAAUUCUGUCCCGACCGGGAGCGCACAAGCGCUUUAUGCGCCUUGCUGCACGUCUAUUUCUUCGGCUUAUUCUCUACUUGGGUGAAUGAGCAACUUGCCUGCGUCCAUGAUUACUUGGAACGAGUCCUGUCUCGAGCCUUUGAUGAUGUUGCUGCCCACGAUGUCCAAUGGGGCUUCGAGUCUGUUGACUGGCUAUCCAAAGGAAAGGCUAAUGAGCACAAACAAGCAUACGACUGGACCCCAGAGCACCUCAAUGACCUGCGAAGGUGGGGGACAGACGGACCAGUCGACGGGAUCAAGUCGGGCCCUUUCCGAAUGUGGUUGGAGGCGCACAAGGGUUUUCGCGUGAGGGAUGCGGUGUACCACGAAGAGCACCCGCGCCUCAGGCGGUGCGGUUAUGUUCUGUGGGAUGCUCCAGAUCCUCCUAUAGAUGAGAAAGUGCUCCGGGGCCACUUCCUGGAUGCGCGCAGGCAGGGUCUCCUUGACUACUUGGCGCUCAAUGGGGCCAGGGACAAGAUGAAUAAGUCCUGGACGGAGAGAGCCGCGAUAUACGAGAGCGGUGGACGCGGCUACUGGAAUGAGGGUGAUUUGAGCCAGGUCGUUUGGAGUGAGGGAGCGUCGCAAGUGGCAAUGGGAUCAAGCAUGGAGAAAUUACGGGUAUUGUAGAACAAAUGGCAAAGCGACGCUGAGGUUGUUAUUUGUUUGUACUGUAACAUACCUAAUUCGGGGGCUCUUUUUCGGUGUGUCAUCAAUCGACGAGUUUAGCAGCAAGCAUUACCUAGCCAGGAACUUACCUGGUUGCUAUGCUUCUAGAUAAUAGACAAG